CUCGUCGCAUGCGUGUGAACAACGGAGACGACCAUGACAUUUGUAGCAUGGUUGAUUUCUUCGAAAAUCUACAUUCCACUGGUGGUUCCACGAAAUUCUUCACCGGUGGCGAAACAUUUCUGCUGCUCCCAACCCAAAUCACAACCGCGCGCAGAGGAUGCCAUCGCCAUGGCCGCCAAAUGUGGAGAAUCACCGUCCUCCUCUUCUACGUGCUCACGUCCCAGUUACUGAAACGCUCGUCAUCCAUCGCCUCUCCAGCGCCAGCCGCCGCCGCCGGCGAAGCCCACGCGCUGCUGCGAUGGAAGUCUACGCUGCUACCGCCCAACUCCACCAGCAGCAGCUCCCCACUAUCCUCGUGGUUACCAGGGACCGCGGGCUCCGCGUGCACGUCAUGGGCCGGCGUCACGUGCGCCGACGCCAGCAACGGUCGCGUCACCGGUGUCGCCCUCCCGGCCGCCGGGCUCGCCGGCACGCUCGCGGCCCUGGACCUCGCUGCGUUCCCGGCGCUCACGGGGCUCAACCUCAGCGGCAACCGCCUCGCCGGCGCCAUCCCCAACACCAUCUCCAAACUAACAUCCCUCGUGUCGCUCGAUUUUUCCAGCAACAACCUCACCGGCGGCAUCCCGGCGACGCUGGGGACGCUGCCGGAGUUGCGAGUCCUCGUUCUUCGCAACAACUCCCUCGGUGGUGCCAUCCCGGCGUCUCUCGGCCGGCUGUACGCGCUGGAGCGGCUGGACCUCAGGGCCACACGGCUGGUCUCCAAACUGCCGCCGGAGAUGGGGAACUUGGUUAACCUCAGGUUCUUGGAUCUCUCCGUCAACGAGCUCUCCGGUCAGCUGCCGCCGUCCUUCGCCGGGAUGAGGAGGAUGAGGGAGUUCUCCCUGUCAAGAAAUCAGCUCUCCGGUACGAUCCCACCUGACAUUUUCAGCAGCUGGCCGGACCUUACACUGCUCUACCUGCACUACAACUCCUUCACCGGAAGCAUCCCUGUGGAGAUCGGCGAGGCGAAGAAGCUGCAGCUGCUUUCGCUUCUCUGCAACAACCUCACCGGCGUGAUUCCGGCGCAGAUCGGCGGCAUGGCGAGCUUGCAGAUGCUGCAUCUGGGACAGAAUUGUCUCACCGGACCGAUCCCCUCUUCGGUGGGGAAUCUGGCCCACCUUGUCAUACUGGUUUUGUCCUUCAACAGCCUCACAGGCACAGUCCCGGCUGAGAUUGGCAAUUUGACGGCGCUACAAGACCUUGACCUCAACAACAACCAGUUGGACGGUGAGCUGCCUGAAACCAUCUCAUUGCUCAAUGAUCUUUACUAUCUUUCCUUGAAGAGCAACAACUUCACUGGCGGCGUCCCCGACUUGCGUAGUACCAAACUGCUCACUGCUGAAUUGGACGAUAAUAGUUUCUCAGGAGGUUUCCCUCUGUCAUUUUGCCUGUUCACGUCAUUGGAAAUCUUGGAUCUAUCGAGCAACCAACUUUCUGGUCAGCUCCCUAGUUGCAUAUGGGACUUGCAGGAACUCGUGUUCAUGGACUUGUCCAGCAAUACUCUUUCAGGGGAUGUACUCGCUUCAUCCACAAACUCUAGUUUAUCGUUGGAAUCUUUGCAUUUAGCAAAUAACAGAUUCUCAGGUGACUUUCCAUCUGUGAUCAAGAACAUGAAGAUGCUAUCUGUCCUAGAUCUCGGUGACAACUACUUCUCUGGUGCAAUCCCAUCAUGGAUAGGGUCAGGGUUACCUUUGCUACGAAUUCUCCGGUUGCGAUCCAACAUGUUCAGUGGAAGUAGUAUUCCCUUGCAGCUAUUACAGCUCUCCCAUCUCCAAUUUCUGGACCUGGCUAGCAACAAUUUACAAGGACUAAUACCACAUGGUCUCUCCAACUUAACAUCCAUGGUGCAACCACAGACUGAAUUCAACAUGAAAUCGAGAGUCCAUCAUCAGAUUUUAAACCUAGAAGCAGAUUUUUCUUACGCCGAUCGAGUUGAUGUGAACUGGAAGAUUCAGACUUAUGAAUUUCAGGGGGCGAUUGCGCUGAUGACCGGAAUAGAUUUGUCAGGCAAUUCUAUCGGUGGUGAAAUUCCAGCUGAGCUAACGAAUCUUCAAGGCCUUCGGCUUCUGAACCUAUCAAGAAAUAAUCUAUCCGGUGCUAUUCCAGUUAACAUUGGCAAUUUAAAACUCCUCGAGUCCCUUGACCUCUCAUGGAAUGAACUAUCUGGCCUUAUUCCUUCAGGCAUCUCAGAACUCAUGUCUCUUAGUUUACUAAAUCUCUCUAACAAUAUGCUCUCAGGUGAGAUACCAACUGGUAGUCAACUCCAAACACUAGCCGAUCCUUCAAUUUACAGCAACAACUACGGUCUUUGUGGCUUCCCAUUGAGUAUAUCAUGUCCCAACAGUUCAGGUAUACCACUAUUGGACAUGAGUAAAGAAAUUGAAGAUGUUUAUGUCUACUACUCGAUGAUUGCCGGAGCUGUAUGUGGACUGUGGUUGUGGUUUGGAUCAUUAGUUUUCAUUACUUCAUGGAGAACUUCAUUUUUCUAUGCUGUCGAUGUCAUUUAUAUAAAGUUUCUGAAGAAAAUUUUUAGAAUCUAAAUAUGUGGUGUUGUAGAAUCAAGUAAUUAUGUGAACAACAUUUGUUCUUAUCAUCUAACUUCUCUUUUCAUUUUA